UUCAACAACGCGCUUUCGGUCUUGGCUGAUUAGUGCUUUUCAUUAUGUCCUUUAUAUUUCGGCGCGUCCUGUCAUUCCAGGCGCCAGCGCUUCGAUCGUGCCGGGGGCGCUGGCCGGAAUGAAAGCUCUGCACACCAAGGUAGGGAAGCUUCCCUGGAAGGACGUCUUCGGGCCAGCCAUCCACUUGGCGAAGAAGGGUUUCAACAUCGGACCCCACCUGGCCGACGCCCUUGCGAACAACGAGAAAUUACUGAGCGUUUCGCCUGCCCUCAGGAAGCGGUUCUCCAACAGCACGACCGGCGCCGUGCUGCGCAAGGGAGAGAAGCUCGUCCAGACGCAACUCGCCGAACUGCUGACGAAGCUGGCUGAAAAGGGGCCGGAGUACCUGUACAAAAAAGAACUCGCCGAUGAGAUAGAAACGAACAUCAAGGGCGCAGGCGGGCCACUCACCAAAAGCGACCUGUCAGCAUACGAUCCCGUCUGGCAGGAUCCGGUCUCUUUCAAGAUGAAGGGAGACCAACGCCUCCACUCGGCUCCCAUUCCAGGCGCCGGCGUUGUCCUAGCAAUCGCCGUGCACAGGAUGAACGUGACCCCCAAUUGCUGGCUAAUUGUGGUCGACCUGCCGCCGCUGAACUUCACACGGAUGCCAGUGGCCAUGAAAUUGGGGCUGUACUUGUUCAAUGGCAGCGGCGUACCCCGGCAGGUUCUUGCUGAUCGCCGCCGCACCUUCUCGUCCCGAGUAGUUGAAGACCUACUUCGCUCCUGUUCUGCCAAACACAAGCUUUCCACCGCCUACCACCCGCAAAAAAACGGAUUGAUGGAGCGGCUCAAUCGCACGUUGACAAAAAUGUUGUCUAUGUACAUUUCCGACGACCACAGUGAGUGGCACAGCACGCUACCCUUCGUGACCUUCGCCUGCAAUUCGUCCUACUUCGAGACCGCUGGCUUUUUGCCCUUUUACUUUCUGUUCGGCCGCCACCCUUCUUUGCCCUUUGACAUGCUGCUUCCUUCCUCGACGAAUACUCCCACUGAAUACGUUCAAGACGUCUUCGCCUGGCCUCGCACGGCGCGCCGGAUUGCCGGCUCCCGGCUCACUGAGUCUCAGGCCACGAACAAGUUCCGGCUCGACAGCCGACAUUGA